AUGAAUACCCACGCAGAGAAAUACACACACUCACCAUCAAAGCGCCAAACCACCAUGAAGAUCGACUCACUGCUCAACCCUCCAAGUGAUGAGCUGAAGUACACACCCACGGGUUCUCCAUACUCACAACACGCGACAAUGUCUCACUCGUUACACGGUGCCGGCUACGGACAUUCACAUUCAUCAGGCUACCCCCCAAGCCCGAGCCAAUACUGGUACAGUCCAUAUGGAGGCUACCACGACACAAGUCCCGGCGCCGCUUCAACAGCCACAACACACGUCAGCAGUACCAGUAGCAACAGCAUGAACCCGCAACAAUCCAUGUUCCUGUCAUACCGGCCCUCCGGUCCUGGAUCAGCGCAUUCCUCACCAGACCCGUACCACGAACGCGAGCGCUACGAUUCCGUUUCUAGUAGUUCCAGUAACAAUGGUACGGAUCGUCGUCGACCCCCACGACCUAAGUAUGAGCUUGAAGAGAUGUACUUUAUCUGGUACCACCGUGUUGACCUUUGUCAAGAGUGGAAGGAGGUUCGCGAAAGCUUUAACCGACAGUUCCCAAGUCGACAGCGAUGUGGAUUCCAGGGUAUCCAGUGCAAGUUCUACCGGUUCAUUAAGGAGAAGAAUUGUCCAACGUUGAGGGAACAGCGUCGUAUGCGUGAUGGAGAAUUCUUACGUGAUGGUGCGGCUUUGAGUGGUGACUCUGGAGCUCCACGCUUUGGUGUUAUCGAGUGGGAGAAUGUUUGGUAUCCUUGGAUGCGAGAGGAUCGCGAAACGGCUUUGCGACAGCAGAGGGAACACCAACAGCGGAUGGCGGCGGCGGCGGCUGCUGCUGCAUGA